AUGUCUUUCCCCAUCGCGUUUCAGUCCGCCGUCUUCUACAUCGUCGCAUGUACACCAUGUGCCAAAGUUCGCCACCGACAAAAGGCCCGCGUGCAGGCAAAGAAGGAACGCCAGGAUAAGUCCAAACUCGAAACUGAACAGCCUGGCUUCUAUCAGCACCCGUCACCCUUCAACACCAAUCCUUACUGGAAGGAGGAGAUCACAAUGGGACCGACUCUCCCCAAAAAGUCUGUGAGCAAGAACUCGAGCCAGCGCGGUCUUACCAGCUCCGGCGGCGACAGUACCGCCCCCAGCAUCUCGGAACACACCAAUGUUGGCGAGAGUCGCCUCAACAUCGCACCAAGCACAACCGUUAUUUCAGAGGAUGAGGGCCUCUCCGACGACUGGAACCGGCGGCGAGGAUAUCAGCGCGAAGACGAGGAACUGUGGGGGCAACAAUGGUCUGGCCAGAAGCUCAUGAACGCCAUCACCAAGGCACGCGACUCAGCCGGCCGCUUGAUCGAAUCCACACUCGGUAUCGACAAGGAGGUAACGGACCAGGACCGAAAGGAGUUCUACUUUGCACCCAAGAACCCGCCCAUCAACGACUAUCACCCCCCCGUUGUCAGCAGCAAGUUCCCUUCCAAAGACGCCCACCGAUGGAUGCUCCAACCGCCACCGUCCGCCAAGGUUAUGGAGGGAAAGAUCCCUGUCAGCCGUGCUGGAAGCUCUGGUAGCAAGUCGAGCGGCAAGACGUUGAUUAACGAUGACAUACAGCUUGGCCGCUUAGUGCACGAGAAGCUCGUCAUGGAGAAGUUGAAGAAGGAGAACAGCAACCCCACGGAAACUGAGUUGAUCGAGUCACUCUUCAUCACACGAACGAAUCGCUCCCUGAGCUUAAAUCGGACACGCAGCUUGUCCUUUGACGCCUCCGAUGACUCCACGGAUAACUUCCACGACAGGCGGAGAAGUCGAAUGCGACCAGUAGCCGCGCCGCCAGGAGCCGAGUCGUCUGACGACGAAUCGGAUGAACCAAUUCCCUUCUCCCAAAGUGCCAUGAACCUGGGUCGACGCACAACAUCAAGCCAUGCUGCACAACGUCCAAAUCUCGAAACCAUCAUCAGUACGAGGUCCCUCAGCAACAGCCGGAUUUCCUCAACCCGCACCAAGCGGAAAUCUAUUCGGGCAAAGAGGUUAUCAGGGGCUGCAUCCCCAGUUGGUGAUGACACCGACUAA